CCCGGGUUCCCAGUUUCUCAGAGAGGAAAGUGACAGAAGCCGUGCGGAGGGAGACGCAGCGACCGCGGAGAGGCCGGCAGCCACCCAGUCUCGGGGGAGCGCUCUGCUCCCCCGCCCCCGGCUCCCACCCGGUCCGGGGGGCUCCUCCAGCCUCAGCCCCACCCCCGGGCUCCCCAUGGAAGCCAGCUGUGCCCCGGGAGGAGCCGGAGGAGGAGUCGGCUGAAUGCCCGCGGUGCGCCCGGGGCCCCCGCGCCAAGCCCGCCGCGCGCCGCUGCCCUGAGGCCUUGUGCCCCGACCCCGGCCUCGGCCCGCGGGAGCCCCGCGCUGGGCUCGGAGGGGUCCCCGGCGCCACUCGCGAUGGACGCCGUCCUGGAGCCCUUCCCGGCCGACAGGCUCUUCCCCGGCUCCAGCUUCCUGGAUUUGGGGGACCUGAACGAGUCGGAUUUCCUCAACAAUGCGCACUUCCCGGAGCAGCUGGACCAUUUCGUGGAGAACAUGGAUGACUUCUCCAACGACCUGUUCAGCAGCUUCUUCGAUGACCCAGCACUGGACGAGAAGAGCCCCCUGCUGGACAUGGAACUGGACCCCCCGGCACCAGGCAUUCAGGCCGAGCACAGCUACUCGCUGAGUGGAGACUCCGCGCCUCAGAGCCCACUGGUGCCCAUCAAGAUGGAGGACACCACGGAAGACGAGCACGGAGCGUGGGCGCUGGGACACAAACUCUGCUCCAUCAUGGUGAAGCAGGAGCAGAGCCUGGAGCUGCCCGUGGACCCGCUGGCCGCCUCCUCCGCCAUGGCUGCCGCGGCUGCCGCCACCAUGGCCACCACCCCGCUGCUGAGCCUCAGCCCCCUGUCCAGGCUGCCCAUCCCCCACCAGGCUCCAGGAGAGAUGACUCAGCUGCCAGUGAUCAAAGCAGAGCCCCAGGAGGUGAACCAGUUCCUCAAAGUGACACCAGAGGACCUGGUACAGAUGCCUCCGACGCCGCCCAGCAGCCACGGCAGCGACAGCGAUGGCUCCCAGAGUCCCCGCUCGCUGCCCCCCUCCAGCCCUGUCCGGCCCAUGGCCCGCUCCUCCAAUGCCAUCUCCACUUCCCCGCUCCUCACCGCCCCACACAAAUUACAGGGGACAUCCGGGCCACUGCUCCUGACCGAGGAGGAGAAGCGCACCCUGAUUGCCGAGGGUUACCCCAUCCCCACCAAACUGCCCCUCAGCAAGGCAGAGGAGAAGGCGCUGAAGCGGGUGCGAAGGAAAAUCAAGAACAAGAUCUCAGCCCAGGAGAGCCGCCGUAAGAAGAAGGAAUACGUGGAGUGCCUGGAAAAGAAGGUGGAGACAUUUACAUCGGAGAACAACGAGCUGUGGAAGAAGGUGGAGACCCUGGAGAACGCCAACAGGAACCUGCUCCAGCAGCUGCAGAAACUCCAGGGCCUGGUCACCAGCAAGAUCUCCAGACCAUACAAGAUGGCAGCCACUCAGACAGGGACCUGCCUCAUGGUGGCAGCCUUGUGCUUCGUGCUGGUGCUGGGCUCGCUCGUGCCCUGCCUUCCCGAGUUCUCCUCCAGCUCCCAGACUGUGACGGGAGAACCCGUGGCCACCGACAGCAUCUACACCGCCAGCCAGAUGCCCUCCCGGAGCCUGCUGUUCUACGAGGAGGGCGCCGGCUCGUGGGAGGACGGCCGCGGCGCGCUGCUGCCGGUGGAGCCCCCGGAAGGCUGGGACGUCCCGCCCGGCGGACCAGCGGAACCUCGGCCCCAGGACCCUUUGCAGCGCGACCACCUGGACGGCACCCACGAGACCACCAAGUACCUGGGCGAGGCCUGGCCCGAGGGCGUCGGGGGCAAUGGCUCGAGCCCCGACUUCUCCCACGCCGAGGACUGGUUCCAGGACAGGGACUUGGGCCCCAACACCACCCUGCAGCUCUCCUAGGCGCCCGAGACCAGGACACAGGACGCACCCCUGGCGCCCACAGAGGACUUCUCACGCUCACCGGCCGGACCCCGCCGCGCCCUGUCCCCCAGGAGAGGGUCCCCCUGCCCCGCCCCUGACAUCCACACUCUCCCCACAGGCCAGCCACUCCCUGCCCUCCACAGCCAUCCGUCCUCAGCAAAACCACUCACUGGCCACUGUCCCUCGCUCAGAACGACCACAGGACCACUGCCCCUCACUCCCGCCCCCCCUGUACAGACCAAGAGCGGAAAUUGUUUGUAAAUAAUGAACCUUAUUUUUUAUUAUUGCCAAGCCCCUAAGAUAUUGUAUUUUACAAAUCUCCCUCCGACCUGCCCCUCACUUGUUUUAUAUUUUAUGAAGUUAGUGCGGGCUUCGCAGCUGAUCCUGGGCCGGGGCAGAGGGACACACCCACCUCCUUGCCUGGCCUCCCCGUGUUGCUGCCCAAGCCAUUGGGCCUUUUAAUUGCCAGACCGCUUCCCCUACCAGCUCAGCUCUUGCUUUCAGAAGGCAAAAUUUAAAAAAAAAAAAAAAAGAUGCAGCAUCAA